CCAUCGUCCUCCCAAAACGCAAAAGCUUAAACCCUACACGCACCCGACCCUCGAAAUCGAAAGACUCCGCUCAAAUUCCCAAACUUUUAUCGAAUCCAUGGCGAUAAUCUCCGACAUCCAGGAGGAACAGAGCUCGCCCGAGACGAAGCCUUCGCAGGCGGCGGCGGCGGCGUCGUCGUCGUCGUCGUCGAAAGCGGCGACCUUUACCGCGAAGUUGGAUCGCUCGAACCCUCUAGGGUUAGUGGAGAAGGUGUUGGAAUUUCUUGCUCAGGAGAGCGAUUUCUUCAAGAAGGAGACGGCGGAGAGGGAGGUCGCAUCGAUCGCGCGCGCCUUGAGGGAGAAGGAGAGGAAGAAGGAGGAGGAGGAGAGGAAGAAGAGGAGGCAGGCGGAGGAAGAGAGGAAGAAGAAGGCGGAGGCGGAGAAGAAGUCGAGCGAGGGGCCGAAGGCGGAAGUUAAAAAGGAGGAAACUGUGGAGGAGGGUAAGAAAGAGGAGGAGAGUAGCUUGAGAGUUCCGAACAAAGGGAAUGGACUGGAUUUGGAGAAAUACUCGUGGACGCAGAGCCUACAGGAGGUUAAUGUUGUUAUUCCCGUGCCGACUGGAACUAAAUCUAGGUUCGUUGUGUGUGAGAUCAAAAAGAAUCAUCUGAAGUUUGGACUGAAGGGGCAGCCUCCGAUCGUCGAUGGUGAACUUUUUCAAGCUAUCAAGCCUGAUGAUUGUUACUGGAGCAUAGAGGACCAGAGUGCCGUCUCAAUUCUACUGACCAAGCACAAUCAAAUGGAGUGGUGGAAAAGUCUGGUGAAAGGUGAUCCUGAGAUCGACACUCAAAAGGUUGAGCCUGAGCCCAGCAAACUGUCUGACCUGGAUUCUGAAACACGCCAGACUGUUGAAAAGAUGAUGUUUGACCAGAGACAGAAGCAGAUGGGGCUCCCCACUAGCGAGGAGAUGCAAAAACAGGAAAUCUUAAAGAAGUUCAUGUCCGAGCAUCCGGAGAUGGACUUCUCAAGGGCCAAGAUACAGUAAAUCUGAGUUGUUCAGUUCGCAGACAGACUAAUAACUUUUGAGUUUGAUUAGCAGAGAGAGAGGAAAAAGAACUUUUUCGUUCAGCUACUGCUUAAUGUUGUUUUAGAAAACAAAUUGAUGUCAUCGGUGUGUGAUCUUUUUACGGGUGUUUAGGGUGUCUAAACUGGCUCGACGCUGUUAAUAUUGUGGGAUUUGGUUCAUUUCUGGAUAAUAGUUUGAUUAGCAUAACUUCUUGGCUUCCCUGCA